GAAAAACCCAAACCAUAGGAAACCAAAGCUUAUCGUCUUCUCUCUCACUCUCACUAUUUUUUUUUUAAGAAAACAUGGGUUUCCCAGUAGCUUACUCUGAGCUUCUUCUUCCAAGAUUGCUUCUCCAUACACUUUCUCUUCUUUCUUACAUUCGCAAAUUCAUUUCCACUCUCUUCCUCUAUAUCGGCCUCCCCGAUUUCCUCGAACCCGACAUUCCCUGGCGUGAUUACGCCGCCGAAACCCACGACGGUUCCAACACCACAACCUCCUUUUCUUCUUAUUAUCCUCCACGAAUCCCCGUUUCGGCUCUUCUCAUCCGGGAACUCCUACCGGUUGUCAAGUUCUCCGACCUGGUGGACCCGCCGGAAAGUUGCGCGGUUUGUUUGUACGACUUCGAAGGGGAGGAUGAGAUCAGGCGGCUGAAAAACUGUCGGCAUAUUUUUCAUCGGAGUUGUUUGGACCGUUGGAUGGGGUAUGAUCAGAAAACAUGUCCUCUUUGUAGAACAUGUUUUGUUCCAGAUGAUAUGCAAGAGACGUUUAAUGAGAGGCUUUGGGCUGCUUCUGGGAUCCCUGAAGCCCUUGGUGAUUAUUCUCAAAUUUCUGCUUUGUAGUUAUAGUUGCCACCUUUAAAAAUUCAAAAAAAAAAAAGGUGCUUUUUGUUUAUCAUCUUCUAAUGAGUUGGUUUGUGUAUAUAUACAUGAAAAUCCGGGAAAAUUUCCGCAAUGAAAAGAAAAUUUGACCAAUUAAA